CUCUUCCAAUUGUGCCAACAAAUUCAUGACACGGUAUUGUCGACACGUGAUCGUUUGGCAGUUGAAAUGGAACAGAAUAAGGAAGAGGCCGAACGAACUUGUCGGCAACAAAUCAAAGAGAUCACUUCAAUUAUGGGGCCUAUACGGCUUUGCUUGCUGUCUGCACAGAUUCUAUGCUCUUCGGCUUCACCGAUAGACGCGCUUCAGCUUUCCAGUGAACUUCACAAACGAGUGCAGUCUAUUACAUCAAGAUCUAUCGACAAACUGUCUACAGUCCGAUCAAUCGAUCCGGUAGAAGCUCGCACAGAAAUUGCAAAGGCUCUGGAACCGUUCCUUGGUAAGACUUUGACCGAUACUGUAAGAUUGUCAGCCGCAUGGUGCCCAAUAGCCAUUGCCCGUGAAGGCUCUCAGGAAGACAGUGGAAGCAUGAAAUCUUAUAAAACUCGUUCUGGAUCGCACUCAAUGCCAACGAUGUUAACGAAGUUCCAGACAAUGAUCGAUCUUUCUGGAGCGUUCGGAUCAAUAUUCGCCAGAGUUGAAGGUGAGCUAGCGAAUUAA